AUGUUCCAUCAACUUCUUAUCCAGCUCUCGCCGUCUAUUAUUGUCACCUUCAGCAUCGUUGCGCUUGCUGCUCGGCUGUGGUACAACAAGUAUGCAACUGGUCUGAAUCAUAUCCCUGGACCAUUCCUUGCCAGCUUCACAGACUUCUACCGUCUUGCAGUAACACGAGGUUAUCGUCCGGAACGCUGGCAUAUCAAACUACAUAAGCAGUACGGCGAUCUCGUACGCAUAGGUCCGCGAACAGUGCUUUGCUCAAGCAACAAAGCAGCCAAGAAGAUAUAUGCGCUCAACGCUGGAUUUGUAAAGUCCGAUUUCUACACCGUGCAACAGACUCUGGCGAAAGGGGUCCCGCUGAAGACCUUGUUCACAUCAACUGACGAGGCGUUUCAUGCAAAAUUACGCCGGGCUGUUAGCAAUGCGUAUGCUAUGACAUCAUUGGUCCAGUUCGAGCCUUUGGUGGACUCUACGACAACAGAGUUUUUGAAACAGCUGAAGGAGCGAUACGCUGACAGAGCAGAUGAAUCUGGUGUGUGUGACUUCGGUGCAUGGCUCCAGUUUUAUGCCUUCGACGUUAUCUGCGAACUUACUUACUCCAAACGGAUGGGCUUUGUGGAUCGUGGACAGGAUAUCGAGAAUGUUAUAUCAAGCCUCGAAUGGCUCUUGAGUUACGCUGCAGUGAUCGGCCAGAUUCCUAUUCUUGACAGAUUGUUUUUGAAGAAUCCCAUUCGGCGAUGGCUGAGCGCGCGCGGUUGCAUACCAAGCACACCGGUCGCUGUGUUUGCAAGUAAACGCAUUCAGGAAAGCAAAGGUCAAACACCUGAGAAGAUGGAGUCUGCCAGAGGACAAUCCCGCCGCGACUUCCUCUCUAGGUUCCAAGAAGCGCACCAGAAGGACCCAGAUUUCAUGAGCCAAGAGCGUGUGCUUGCGCUCACUGUUGCCAACAUGUUUGCAGGGUCUGACACAACCGCCAUAUCACUGCGUGCUAUCUUUUACAAUCUUAUCCGUAACCCGGAUAAGCUGUCCAGGCUCUACGCCGAACUCGAUGAGUGUGAGGCAUCAGGAAUCUUUGAACGUGGCAAUCCACUGGUGGCCUGGAGCGAUGUGCGCGAGUUGCCGUAUUUAAGUGCUGUGAUCAACGAAUCAUUACGGACACACCCCGCCGCAGGUCUGCCAUUAGAGCGGAUUACACCAGCUGGCGGUGUGCGAGUUUGCGACGUAUUUUUACCGGCCGGUACCAAUGUUGGGUGCAGCGCCUGGACUCUGCAUCUUGACCAGGAGCUUUGGGGUGAGGACGCGGACCGGUGGAGGCCAGAGAGAUGGAUUGAAGCCAGCGACACUAAGAAAGCGGAGAUGAAGAACAGCAUGUUCGCCUUCGGAGCAGGUUCGCGAACAUGCAUCGGAAAGAACGUUAGUUAUCUAGAGAUGUACAAGUUGGUUCCUGCGGUGUUGCGCAGCUUCGACAUCGAUUUAUUGUACCCAGAGAAGGAAUGGACACUCCACAACGCAUGGUUCGUCAAGCAGAGCGAUUUCUACGUGAGAUUGCGAUCGAAGGAGGUCUGA